AAAAUUUCACACGCAUCACGGGAAACUAUCCUUUUCAACCUCGUGGUCGCAAGUGAUUUUUGACAGACUUCAUCCAAAGAAGAAAAAAUGGCACCACAAAAGAAAACCAAAAAGAACAUUGAGAACAUCAAUUCUCGACUUGGUCUUGUUAUGAAGAGUGGUAAGUUUGUACUUGGUUACAAACAAACCCUCAAGACCCUCCGUCAAGGCAAAGCUAAACUGGUGAUCAUUGCUAACAACACCCCUCCAUUAAGGAAAAGUGAGAUAGAAUACUAUGCUAUGUUGGCCAAAACAGGUGUCCAUCAUUACACAGGAAAUAAUAUUGAAUUGGGUACUGCCUGUGGUAAAUACUUCAGAGUGUGUACUCUAGGAAUCACAGAUCCAGGAGAUUCAGAUAUCAUCAGGAACAUGCCAACAGAACAGCAACAGUAAACAAGACAAUAAAUAUUAUUCUCUGGUCAA